CAGCAAACAUGGCGGCUCUGGCAGGUCUGAGGGUCUUGAGCUGCGGCAGUGGAGCAAGGCUGACUUCAUGCGCCGCCUCGUGGUUGCUACCUCGCAGCCCCCCAGCAACACAGGUACAGGUGGGGCUCAGUGGGUGCGGCCACGGAGAGCGCUAUUACAGCUCGGCCGAGAAGGGCGAAGACGAGCUAAGGGUCAGAUACUUGGAAGGUGACGAUCAAGGUAUUGUGGUGCUUGGGAUCAAUCGACCACAGGCCAAAAAUGCAAUUAGUAAAGGUCUGGUUAAAUCGAUGAUGAAGAUGAUAGAUUCUCUGAAGGGUAAUAACAAAGUAAGGACAGUGGUCUUACGGAGUGAAGUUCCUGGAGUCUUUUGUGCAGGAGCUGACCUAAAGGAAAGAGCCAAAAUGCACCCUAGCGAAGUUGGACCUUUUGUAACAAAAGCUCGAGCUCUUAUGAACGAAUUUGCUAAUCUACCAAUGCCAACCAUUGCUGCCUUGGAUGGAGCUGCAUUAGGAGGAGGCCUAGAGAUGGCUAUGGCCUGUGACAUCAUAGUAGCAGCUUCUUCUGCUAAAAUGGGUUUGGUUGAAACAAAAUUGGCAAUUAUUCCUGGCGCAGGAGGAACACAGAGACUACCACGUGCAGUUGGAGUGGCUUUAGCGAAAGAGCUUAUCUUCUCUGCUCGUGUACUGGAUGGAAAUGAAGCAAAGUCUUUGGGAUUGGUCAGUCACGUGGUGGAACAGAAUGAUGCUGGUGAUGCAGCUUUUAAAAGAGCUGUUGCACUAGCACGUGAAUUCACGCCUCAGGGACCUAUUGCACUGCGAAUGGCUAAAUUAGCAAUUAACCAAGGCAUAGAAGUGGACUUGGCAACUGGUUUAGCAAUAGAAGAAGCUUGCUAUGCUCAGAUUAUUCCAACGAAGGAUAGAAUUGAAGGUCUGCUAGCAUUUAAAGAAAAAAGACCUCCUCGUUACAAGGGCGAGUAAGGGAAUGUUCCAAUACCUUUCAUAUGAGUUUGAUUAAAAAAAAAAGGAGAAACGCAAAACACAAACAUGUUUUUGGGACCUUUUACCUACAUGCUGCCUCAGUAAGUGGAAUUUCACAACCAUGGAUAUCAAAGUAAACAAUGAAGAUAUUUGACCAUUUGGAAUGCGCCCAUACAUGUAUAUAUAUGACAUAUGUAUGAAUUUAAAUCAUUCUCAUACAGUAUCAAGGUGCCUGUAGUGACAUGCAAGGUCGCAUUUUCAUAAGCCUGCUCUUUUCAACUUGAAAUGUGACCAACUCAGUUCCAUAUGCCUGGGAUGCAAAUGAAAAGAUCUUUGUGUGAUGUUUUUGUUGUUUGUCUAUCUUUCUUUGCUUUAGAUGUGUAUUUUACAAGAUGUGAUGCACACAGAAAUUCAAAGUGAUGUUAAAAAAGCCAUAGAUAGCAAUUAUACAUUUUAUUAACUGAUUAUGUGCGCCAAAUGGGCUCAAUUACAGUAAGUCGUUGUCUGUAAAUACACAUUCAAUAACUUCAAUAAAAAUAAUAAACACA